ACAAAAUCAUGAAAAGGCACAGCAAUUCAUGUAUGGAUGCCGGUCUAACAAAAGAAUACUCUUAUUACGUUAGGUAAAGAUGGUAUAGACAACCAUCUAAUCAAUCUAAUGGUUUACAGUGUCGUUGAGUGUGCGUAGAUGGGGCUAGUCGCCCCCUCGGCCGUCAGCAGGGCAGGUGGUCACGGAAGUUUCGAGCGCCAUUGAGGAAGGAUGUGUCCUCUCUUACUGCUGCUGCUGCUGCUGAUGGUCGCUGCCUCGUCUGUCCUCGCUCAGGAUACAGUGGUUACUGGGACAACGGAUGCUGGCUCUGAGACCAAGCCACCCCCUGUGGUCUCUGGAACCAAGUCACCCCCUGUGGUGUCUGGAACCAAGCCACCCCCUGUGGUCUCUGGAACCAAGCCACCCCCUGUGGUGUCUGGAACCAAGCCACCCCCUGUGGUCUCUGGAACCAAGCCACCCAAUGUGGUCUCUGGAACCAAGCCACCCCCUGUGGUCUCUGGAACCAACCCUCACCCCGUAGGUCCUGAAACGAAGCCACCCCCCGUGGGCCCGGGGCAGAUGCGGGUGCUGUACCUACAGAAAUCAGGCACCCCUUCGGAACACAGCUUUGCCUGGUUGGUGACGCCCUUCCCCACCCUCAACACAUUCAGCAUCUGCUACUGGAUCAGACUCAACCGGUUCAGGGCUGAGUCUACGCUGAUAUCCUAGGCAGUUGCUGACGAUAAGGACAACGAAAUAAGAAUUGACCACCGGAUGACAUCGUACAUGGUAGCGGUUCACAGCCAGUGGGCGGAGACCAACCUGUCGACGCCCUUCCGUCACUGGAGCCACUUCUGCUUCACGUACCUCCUUCAGACAGCAGAGUGGCACAUCUACAUGAACGGUCAGCUGGAGGGCCAGGGCCACCUGCCCAUCGCGUCUGGACCCCUACUAGGCGGCGGGGUUUAUGUUCUAGGUCAGGAGCAGGACAAAUUGGGUGGUGGAUUCGACCGUGACCAGACCUUCAGCGGGGAAAUCACAGCACUCAACGUGUGGUUCACAGUACUUAACGCAUCCACCAUCAGGAAGCUGGCAGGGUGUGAGAGCGAGGAGGAGGGCGACGCCCUGGGCUGGUCGAGGACGGUGUGGAACAUCUCUGGGGAGGCGCAGUGGCAGGUGAAGGAGAUGCACCAGGUGUGUCACCAGACCACUGGACGCAUCAACUUCUUCGCUGACAGGUUCACCCUCGACGACUCCAAGCACUUCUGUAAGGUGGUGGGCGGGAGAGUAGCGGUGCCUGUGUCGGAGGAUGAGAACUCCUGGCUCUAUCGCACGUCCCAGGACGACGGCAAUUAUUGCUCCAGUGGCUUAGGCUCCUCCUACCUGUGGAUGGGUGCCUCCGACCAAGUGAUUGAGGGCACAUGGCAGUACUUGGGCACAAACCUGUCCGUGCCCUGGCAAGGGCCCUGGAGGGGAGGAAAGCCCAACGGUGGACUCGUGGAGAACUGUCUUGUUAUGCUGGCGGCACCUUUCGCUGGUCAGUGGUCCGACAUAGCCUGUGUUGACUCCUACCAGUUCUGUGUGGCCUGUGAGUUCACACACCCGUCCAUGCUCUACCUGAAGGGCCCCGCCCUGUGCACCGCUUCGCCUUUUAACCAGGAGUACGUCAUAGGCAGCAGACAAGGAAGUCGUACCUCCCUGGAAGGAUAUUUCGACUCUGACAUCUUCUGGGACCUUGAAAACUCGACCUGGAUUAUCAAGUCUCUCAAGAUUCCUGGGGCGGUGGCGCGCUGGAAGCCGGAGGGGAAAGACUUGUACCCGUUGGGGACCAAGACGUGGGUGAUGGGAGGCAAGGUGUGCGACCUGCAGGUGGGUGAAGAAGUAAACCUCACCCUCUCGGUGUGUGGUGGGGGAGAGUUUACCUGUUCUGACGGCACCUGCAUCAAUCUCACUCAACGCUGCGACCUGCGCAUCAACUGCCCUGACCAGAGUGAUGAGGCUUCGUGCUCGGCCGUAUCUCUUCCCGAUACAUACCGCAACACUAUUCCACCACCUCCCACAAAAGAAGGUCAGCCCCUAGACAUAUACUUCUUCAUCGACAUAAUUUCCUUCCUCUCAAUUGCCACGGAAGAUCUUACCUUCACAACGACCAUGUCUCUGCACCUGCGAUGGCAGGACGUGCGCCUCACCUACCACAACCUGCACGACGAGCACACCCUCAACUUGCUCUCCAAGGACGCCGUGGAGAAGAUCUGGACUCCGACAGUAUCCUUCAGCAACGCCCACGGCAACGUCUUCACCAACCUGGAGCGGGGAUCCCGUGUUGAGUGUGUCCGCCAGAAGCCAUCCAGGCCUUCCCCGCCUCAGUACACACACGAGACCAACAUCUUCUCUGGCCUGGAGAACAGCAUGGAGAUGAGUCAGUCCUACACCGCUCAGUACAGCUGUGACUUCGACCUCAUCAUGUUCCCCUUCGACGCUCAGGUGUGCUCGCUACAGUUCACUCUGGUGUCAGCAGCCUCCUCCUACAUGGUCCUCAAGCCCUCCUCUGCCAACUACUCUGGCCCAAAGAACCUUAUUGAGUACACAAUAGGUCGAGUAACGAUACAGAGGACGCAGGAGGUCCAGUUCUCGAGUGUGAAGGUUGAGGUGAGGUUCUUCAGGCGCUAUAACUUCUACCUGCUGACCCUCUACAUCCCCACAGCCCUCCUCAUCGUCAUCGCCUACGCCUCCUUCUUCUUCAAUCCGGACGACUUCAACUCUCGCAUCACUGUGGCUCUUACAGCUCUGCUCGUCCUGGCUUCCUUGUUCACACAGAUGUCCAACUCCCUGCCCAAGACGUCUUACUUCAAGUUGGUGGACGUGUGGCUCUUCUUCGCCAUCGUCAUCAUCUUCGUGGUGGUGAUCCUCCAGACGCUCAUAGAUUUCUUCGCUGACAAGGACAUCUUCUCCUGUUUCUCACCUAAGAGCUCGACCUUGAUUCAGGUGCUGGAGAAGAAACCAAAACGAAACCAAAAUGAUGAACGGAAAUCAAGAGAUCUGUCUAUGGGAUCCAGCUUCCCAAAGGUGUCUGGAGGCGGCUUCCCACAGGUGCCUGGAGGUGGCUUCCCAAGGGUGCCAGGACUAGCAAAUUUGGCCAUGCUCAAGUUUAGCCGGAUUCUUAUACCCAUCGUCUUUGUCCUCUUCAAUAUUAUCUACUGGGCCUCUGCCUUCAACUACGUCAUGAAUUUGAACAUGUAGAUGGUGUCCCAACAUACCACAAGAAGUCACGGCCCCUGAACAUGUAUAUGGCGCCUCAACACACCACAAGAAGUCACGGCCCCUGAGCCUCUGAGCAUGUAGAUGGCGUCCCAACACUCCACAAGAAGUCACGGCCCCUGAACAUGUAGAUGGCGCCUCAACACACCACAAGAAGUCACGGCCCCUAAACAUGUAGAUGGCGUCCCAACACACCACAAGAAGUCACGGCCCCUGAACAUGUAGCCAUGGAAAACCACUACCAGCUAUUCGUCAGGAAUUUAAUUACAUCUAGGCUGUAUUUCCCUUCUCACUGAACCUAAAUGUUUCAAAACAAAAAUCAAUAGUCAAAGCGAUGAACUUUUCAAAUUCAUGUGAUAUUUGUUUAGAACUGUUAUUUAUAUUUCAUUACUUUAUAUGUGUAUAUUAUUAAUUUGGAUGAAAUAAAAUACAAGUUUCCCAUAUAAAAAUAAUUAUAAAAGACAAAAUCAGUGCUCAUGAUGUUUUCUGCCUCUCAAGAUGCUUAUUACUUCCUUGGCUAACUUAUUCUCUGGGAUGUUCUCCAUCCCACAAUAGCAACAAACUGAGUAUGACACCAUUUUGAAGGCCAUGCUAAGAAAAAAUCCCUAACCUUCCUCUGAAUUGAUGACUCGGUGAAAACAAGCAACUCUUGCAGUCAGAUUUGGUAGCCUCGAUGUCUGCACAGUUUUCCAGAUUGCAUCACCAGCCUUCCUUUUCUGAAUCUAAUGAUAUUGCUACAGAAAUCUUACCAGAACACCUUGGUGAUACGGCAGAUACAAGAUACCACCUUCACUGAAAGCACCAAUCAGUAGGAUGCUCUUGCCGCCCAACACCCAGACCUGACUCGACAGACACAAACAGUGCAGCUGGGACAAAGGGGCAAGGACAUCUCGCUGCUGCACCUGGAAGAACAAUGACCAGAUUUCCAUCACAUAUUGCAGAGGCAUGGAGUGCCUCUGCAAUAUGUGAUCCCUUCUCCCUUCCCUUCCUAAGCAGAGCAUCUGGCACCAACAAGAAUGACCGAAGGGUCCUAGAACAGCAUACAUGGAUGACUAUUGCAGGGACAAACGAUAUCCCAAGGACAAAUACACAUAGACCUUACAAUGCCCACUUGAUCGGAUAUUUAAAAAGGCAGAACUAACCAGAUUGGUUUAAGUGGUCACACUGGUCUUUGUUUUACCCCAUCCCCUCGCCCAAAAAAAAGAGCAUUCCCCUCCCCAGGUCACAGUUGCUAAGUAGGCUCAACCCCCAGAUGAAGGAACAUAAGGGUGUGCAUGGGUCUCUUUACACAUUCAACAAAUUGGGACAUAUUUUGCUUCUGCACCACCACAGCAGGAGAUCGGAGAAGCUACCCUUCCUUGCCUCUGGGCGGGCAUAAGGGCCCCUCACCACAUCAAGGCACCAUCCACUUCAAGGGUCAGGUAUAAAUAACUUCAUUUCAUAAGGGUAAAUUUCUUUAUUUACAACAAAGUAAGCUAUACAAAAAUAAUUUAUUUUUUUACAAUUAUACAAUACUGAACCCUUACACUAUUCCAGUCUCUGAUUUUUUCCUGUGCGCCACUCACAAUAUGUGACUUUUCCCAUUUGGUCCAUUAAAUAUUGUAAAACAAGUGCAGUUUGAUAUACUACUACUGUAUUAAAUAUCUGUGCCAGUUGAGGGUCAAGAAACCUUUUGCAAAAGACAUGCACACACACACACACACACACAGCUGCAUUGUGUUUACUAAUAUACCUACAGUAUCACACAACCAAACUUGCAACUAAUUUAAAAAUUACUUCAUGUUAAAACAAAUUCCUAAAGGAAAUAAUGAAUUAGCUUUAAUAAUAUGACUUCAAAUCAAGGUUAGUCUACCCACUGGCUAAUGCAAGAUCUUGCAGCUAACGCUGUGACUGAUGCUAUUUUUUUUUUUUUCAUAUGAAAAAGUUUGUUUUUGCUAUGUUUAGUUUAAAAAAAAAUAAAAAAAAAGUUUAUUUUACAGUUUGCUAUGAAAAAAAGCAAACCAAGAAAGCUACACAAACUAUUUCACUGACAUAACUAAGCAGUUUUAAACCAUACUGUUCCAGAAAGUCUUGACAUUACCCACAAAUAACCACAAACAAAUUAUGCAAAGAGAUAUCCCUUUGGCUUCAAAUUGCAUUACAUUUUAUUGUGCUUUUAUCCCAUUUACUGGAAAAGUAUUUCACCUCCCCUCCACAGUUAUUCUCUAAAAUACAGUAUUUACAUUCAAAGCAAUAUGUAACACCGUAAGGUGUUUGGUUUAGUUUUAUUUAAAAAUAUAUAUGGAGAUACAAGAGUCACAGACAAGGAUUUGA